AAGGAAAGUUGCCCUUUUCCGGGAGAAUCACAGAAUAGCCCUAAGCUACCGCCGCCUUGGCCGCCUGUCGCUAUAUAAACCCUCGCCACGACCGUCGUCUCAGCACAAACCCUACUGCACUCUCAAGUUGCCUCGCUCUCAUCUUUGCUCCAGCAUGCUUUGCAUAGUGACAGUCGCCUUGUUGGUGCUCGUGGCGCUGAAAGAUGCCGAGGCGGGGACGCCUCCUAUAUCUGACAGCUGCAGGCACUGGUGUCCAAGAGCAGGAUAUCCUCCUGGCGAAGGGUUUUACUGUUGUGAUCGUGGAAUUGGGACUAUAGGGGACGAGUUCGAAAGGCACCCUGGCAAAUGUCCCGACCGUCCUGUCUGCCCCAAGAAUGAGUAUCUCAGAAUCGGACCAAGGCCCACGGUAUGUGCUCAUGACGGCCAGUGCAAACGUCACGAGAAGUGUUGUACUGAUGCCUGCCUUAACCACCACACCUGCCUGAUUGCUGACCCACAUUAACCUGGUGAUCAGGACCUCCAUGACAUCCCCUUCUUAACAAGAGAAACUAAGAGGGAUUGAGGGAACUUGACAAAAGAAGAUGAAUUUAAUUGUUGCUGUUG